UUCCUUGCCAUCACACAAUAUCAGCACUGCCCAUGACUAACAACUCUAACCCUCUCACUAUAGCAACAAUAAGACAAAAACACCAUGGGCAUGGUAGGCUAUUUAAAGCGUCGGACAGAGCGGAAUUUCAUCUUCAUGAGGAUGCCUGACAAACGCCUGAAAAGAGACAGAGAAAUGGUACAUAUCGUGGAUUAAUUGACAUCACCAGAGCAGCCAUGACUUGCUUGGCCCCUGAGGUUCUAUGGAGGUUGAUGGAGCUCCACGACUCUGUGUCUCUGUGCCUGAUGGAAAGUAGGGUCCGGCAGAAGACUCUGGCCAGGCAUGGUCAGGAACAGGGUCUGGCCAGGCAUGGUCAGGAACAGGGUCUGGCCAGGCAUGGUCAGGAACAGGGUCUGGCCAGGCAUGGUCAGGAACAGGGUCUGGGACAAGGGGAACCACAGUGCUGGCCUCUUCUGCCCACACCACAGUGUUCCUCCCCUCUGGACGAGCACAGUCUGCUACAUGCCUCAUGGAACGGCUGUCUAGAGCAGGUCAGAACCCUUCUGAUCUGCGGUGUGAAGGCUGACUCCAGAGACACCCAAGGCUGGACACCCCUCCACCACGUCUCAUUCCGAGGUCACCUUCCCCUGGUCAAGCUACUGCUCCAGUCAGGUCAGGUGGAGGUCAACUGCCGGGACUUCUUCAACUGCACCCCUCUACACCGCUCCUGCUGGGCCGGGCACAAUGAGAUAGCCCACUACCUCCUCCAGAGAGGCGCCUCUCCGGUCAUGCGCUCCAGCUCGGGGCAGACACCCCUGCACCUGGCGGCCGCCAACGGCCACUCAGCCACGGCCCGGCUCCUGCUGCAGCAGGGGGCUCUCCUGGAGGCCCAGGACUUCCACAGGUGGACGCCCCUACACUGGGCAGCGAUUGGGGGAUGGGGUGAGGUGUCAGACCUACUGCUGGAUAAUGGGGCAGACGUGGAGGGGGGUAAAGGUGGCGGGGCCAGUCCUCUGCAGCUGGCAGUGUGGGCAGGGAGCGAGGAGAGUGUGAAGCUCCUCUUACAUCGAGGGGCGAGCGCCAACACCGCCGGUCCAAGUGGACGCACAGCCCUGCACCUGUGUGCCUGCACUGGGGACACAAAGAUCCUUAAGCAGCUUCUGGCAGGGGGUGCCCUGGUGGAUGUCACCGAUGGCAGCCUGGCCUCGCCUCUCCACCUGGCGGCCCGCAGUGGUUCGCGGGAGGUGGUACAGCUGCUGAUCUUGAGCGGUACUCCUCUAGAGAAGCGGGACCGCCUACUAAUGACCCCACUGCAUUGCGCGGCCCUUGGGGACAAUGAGGACACCGCGCGACUGCUGCUGCACUAUGGGGCCGAGGUUGAUGCCACAGAAAGACUAGGCCGGACGCCACUUCAUCUGGCAGCAGAGAGAGGCCACUGCAAGGUCCUAACAGUACUCCUGGAAAGAGGUGCAGACUCCAUGCUGAGAACACAGUGGCUAGAAACGGCAAAGGACAUAGCCCAAGAGCAUGGGCAGCUCAGAGUUUUACAAAUUAUCCAGGAACAUCAAACUACUCCAAAAAUAAACAGAAAAAACACCAUUCAGACUGAGUUGUAGUUGCCUGCCUGAAUUAAGACAUUGGAGGAGCAAUAUGAGCCUAUGCCUAGCCUAAUCACAUAGUGAAUUUGAAACAUAGGCCAGUUAUCAUCAGCCUACUAGGAUACUGUGUAUUAUACAUUUUGGCAGCUGUACCAGCUCUGACUGUAGGCUACUCAUAUCAAAAUACACAUAUCUUGAAUUAUUUUUUUAUGAACUUGACGGUUGAUUUGGAGCAAUGUUAAGAUGAGUGCAUUUGUUCAGGUAGGCUAGAAUAGGCUACGUUUAUGAACAGCGCAAAAUGUCAUUCUGCUGUUAUUCUCCUAUAGUCCAGUCAUUUUUUGAAAAAAGGUUGAACAAAUUGCAACAGAAGAAAACUUAACUGAUUUUGUAUCCUCAAUUUGUCCUGAGUAAGGGAAAAAAAG